ACUCGUUUACUUUCUCUUAAAUCACAUAUUUAUUAUACCUCUCAACAUGGACGAGACUGACAGUAUUUUGGUUGAUAACAUCAAAUCAUUCGCCUCUGGAGGUUUCGGAGGCGUGUGCGCCGUGGUAACCGGGCAUCCUUUCGAUUUGGUCAAAGUCCGUUUACAGACGGGUGUUUACAAAACAACCAGUGAAUGUCUCAAGGGAACAUUGGCUAAAGAUGGUCUCUUGGGUUUCUAUCGAGGCGUUAUGCCUCCACUCUUGGGGGUGACACCUAUGUUCGCCGUGUCCUUUUGGGGUUACGACAUGGGUAAAAAGCUUGUUUCCGGCUACAGUGGAACAAAGGUUGAGGAUUUCACUGUGGGGCAAAUAUCCACUGCCGGUUUCAUUUCUGCUAUCCCUACUACAGCCGUUGCUGCUCCGUUUGAGAGAGUGAAAGUGAUGAUGCAGGUUCAGAGUGGUGCAAAAAGCUCUAUGGGCUCGGUUAUUGCCGAGAUGUAUAGAACGGGAGGACUCAGAUCUAUUUUCAAAGGUUCAGCGGCCACCUUGGCCAGAGACGGCCCGGGAUCUGCGCUUUACUUUGCUACCUACGAAUACGUGAAGGCUGCCUUGUCAUCUCCAGACAAGGACUUGUCAUUGGGUGCCAUUUCAGUUGCUGGUGGAUGUGCUGGUAUGUCGAUGUGGCUCGGUGUAUUUCCCAUUGAUACAAUCAAGUCUACACAGCAAUCUUCCAACGUCAACAUCUCCAUUGCCACUGCUACCAAAAACAUAUAUGCGAAGGCAGGUAUCAAGGGCUUUUUCCCUGGUGUGGGGCCAGCCUUGGCCAGGUCGUUCCCUGCCAACGCAGCCACGUUUGUGGGUGUGGAAUUAGCAAAGAAUUUCCUCGAGAAGCUUUAGGGAGCAGGGCUCCGUUUUUCAGUGGGCGGGUUCUUGGAUUUUUGAAACUUUUUAGAGAAAUC